AUGGAGCGGUUCAGGAACUUCCAGCCUGACCCGGUCAACUACCAGCCCCAGGAGCUGGCGGCCUUCAUCAAGGGGCUCCACGACAACGGGCAGCACUGGGUGCCCAUCCUUGACGCCGGCAUCCCGCCUGUCCCGGGCUACCCCGCCUAUGAGGCGGCGACCAAAGCCGACAUCUUCAUAAAGGACGCGGACGGCUCCCCCUACCUGGGGCAGGUGAUGACCGGUGGUUGA